AUGACGUCGAAUUGGAUUUACUCCGUCCCGGUGGACGAGGAUGUGGCGCAUUCGACCGGCUGCUUCACCUCGCUGCCCAUCCGCAUCCACAGCCGCAACGACAUAGCCGACGAGGCCACAGCCCGGUCCAUUGCCGACUGGGGCUCCCACGUGGGAGACGGAUGGGAGCAAAAGUCCGGGUCAUGCUGGAGCCCCGUGGGCAACUGGGGCGCCUUCAUCUUUCCCGAGACUGUGCCCGAGCGCUUGGGCGUACUGACGUACCUGGCCAACAUGGGCAAUAUCCAUGACGAUCUCUGUGAUGAGCUGGACUAUGACGAGGCCGUCACCGAGCAUGCUACGCUCAGCCACGCCAUGAACGUGGAGCCUCCGGAGCGCCAUCACUCGGAGAAGUCGAGCGACCGCAAAGACAAGCUGCAGCUCUCUCUCGCCAAGUGUAUGCUUGAGGCGCUCGACCUGGACCGGGCCCGGGCUCUCCGCAUGCUGGACUCGUACCGCGAGAAGUGGCUCGAUGUCAUGGAGAGCAGGGACCCGCAGAAGAUCCAGACGCUUGACGACUAUCUCGUCUUCCGCAACCUGAACGGGGGCAUGAGGCCCUUCUGGCACAUGGUCCAGUACGGCAUGGCCAUCGACGUCUCCGAUGCGGAGGAGGAGCUGAUCCGGCCCGUCUUCCGCGCGGCCGAGGCGGCGCUCGUGCUGACCAACGACUACUGGAGCUGGGAGCGCGAAUGGGCCGCAGCGCAGCAGAGCAAAUGCGGCAGAAUCGUGAACGCCGUCGAGCUCUUCAUGCGCACGCGCGGCCUCGCCAUGGCAGAUGCCCGGGCCACCGUCCGCGAGCACAUCAUUGCCUUUGAGCGUGAGUAUGCGGCCAGGCGCGAGGCCUUUUACGCGACGAACCGAACUGUGCCUGACCACUUGCGGGCCUACGUGGAUGUCUGCGGCUUGAUCAUCGCCGGCAACCACUACUGGUGCGCCAACUGCCCGCGUCACCACGGCUGGCGCCGCAGUGUGCGGGAUCAACACCAGCAGGUGGACGGUGAACGCUACGGAGAGCGCCUAGUGGCCUUCAAAUGCCAGGAAGCGCUGGCGCUCCCGGGCAGCCCACAAAAGCACGAAAAUGAGCUGGAUUCCUGGACCAGCGCCACAAGUUCUUGCCUACCUUCUGCGGGAUCCGGAGAUCCCACGAGCAAAACUCGGUCGGCUUCGCAGACCUCCUCCACAGCCACUUCUGACCUCCAGGAUUCCACUGCUGCUAGUGAGUCUGCGGAGACGGGCCGAGAUAUGGCUUUGGCCGCAGACACAUGCGCGACGAGCGACAGAGCUGCCGUCGACGCGGACGGCUUCAAGAAACCGGACAGCCGAGCACUUAUGGACCCGUGCAACUACAUCUGCUCGAUGCCGUCCAAGGGUGUCCGGUCACUGCUCAUCCAAAGUCUACGGGUGUGGUUUCCUACGUCGGAAGAGUCGGUCGCGCAUAUCCAGCGCAUCGUGGAUCUGCUGCAUAACUCUUCUCUGAUUCUGGACGAUAUUGAGGACGGCUCCGGGCUGCGACGAAGCUUUCCCGCCACCCACGUCGUGUACGGGGAGGCGCAGGCAAUCAACAGCGCCACGUACAUGUUUGUGCAAGCGGUGCAGUUGGUGCGGCGGCUACGCAACGACUCAUCGCUCGACUUGCUGCUUGAGGAGCUCGAAUGCCUCUUCCUCGGCCAGAGCUGGGACCUCUACUGGCGCCACAACCUCCAGAUGCCGACCGAGGCUCAGUAUAUGGAAAUGGUAGACAACAAGACGGGCGCCAUGUUCCGGCUGCUGGCGCGGCUGCUGAUGAGCGAGCGAAGCCAGAGCGGCUGGACGUCCGCCAAGGCCGUGGAUGCUAGCAGCCUAGGGCGGCUCUGUCAGCUGUUUGGGCGCUUCUUCCAGGUCCGCGACGACUUUAUGAACCUCAACUCGGCCGACUACUCGAACCAGAAGGGUUUCUGCGAGGACCUGGACGAGGGAAAGGUGUCAUUUCUGAUAGUGGAACUUUGCAGUAAGCACCAGGGCACACUGAGAGACCAGGCCAUGGGCAUCUUGCGCCGACAGCAGGCCGCAAUGUCACAUGGCCCCUCUGGCUCUGCUCCCCCGGCUCUAUCCCGGGAGGCCAAGAAGCACGUCGUCAAAUGCUUGAAGGAGGCCGGGGUCAUGGAGGCGACGCUCGCCAGGCUUCGGGAACUCGAGGCCGCGAUACUGGACUGCAUCGGCAGCAUCGAGCAUGAGCGGGAGACAGAGAACCCGAUGCUGCGCGUCUUGAUGCACAAGCUCAGCGUGCGGGAUGUCACGGUGGUUUAG